AUGUCGUCUCUUUCAAGAGCUUUCACCACCCGUCGGGUAAAGCAGAGUAUUGACCUCUCUGACGCUGCCCGAGGAAAGGAGCGCAGCAACAACUUCAUGCAGCGGAGCAAGACCACCAAGGCCGCCCCAAUGGCCAGGCACAAGAUCUCCGCGCCCAUGGAGCUUGUUCACACCACCAACAUGCUGUCUUAUAACGCUCCCGAUAUCCGACCCCGAACGAGCUCCUCCAGCAAGUCAUCUACCAAGUCGUCAGAGGAAGAGUCGGAAGGCAUCAACACCGCCGCAUCCUCUCCUCCUACUAGCCCUGACGUUGCUCCUCACGAACGAUCCACAGACCACGAACCGAACCACCUGUCUUGUUAUUUCGUUGCACCGAGUCAUGCCAUCAACCCAGCAACUGCUCCUGAGGUCCCCCAGAUUCCAGAAAUUCCUAAGCGUGCGCCUUCACACACUAAGAAGGCCUCGUUCGAUGCGGUGGCCCGUUCGCGCACCAUCUCAACUGGAUCCAAGAUUUCUGAGAAGUCCAUAUCGACAAAAGCCAGCAUGACCUUCUCCUCGCGGGCGUCGUCUGGCUCGAGUGCCGCCUCUACCAUGUCUCAUAACUCACUCGGGCCUGCGCCCAAGGCCGUUCCACCUAUGCCGAGUCCCGCAUUCCUCCAGCAACAGCAGCCGAGACAGGAGAAAACCACUGAGUCGCACCCUUUUGGCCGUGAGCUGGCCCAAGUUACGGAGAUCGCAGAAGAGUUUGGCAUUAAGGAUCACGUUAUGGACGAGGAGGAGCGCAACCUCAAGGCACAGGGUCUACGCAAGUUCGCCGCGGAGGAUUACCUGGCUGAAGUUCAAACUCUUUUCACCAGCUUCUUCCCUGAUACCGUGGCUAGCCAUUCACCUCAACGCCCAAUGGCUGCCGCAUGGAUCUGA